AUGAAUAGACCAUCUGAUCACGUUGUACAAGUGAAAAAGAUCGCCAGUUUUGAACCACGAGAACAAAGUAUGAAUAUCCAGAAUAAUCAUCCAGUGACCAAUGGUUCGAAUGAACUUGAUUACAUGUCACCUGAAAACAUGACAUCAAAAGAAUAUUAUCUUGAUUCCAACGCUCAUUUUGCUGUGCAUGAAGAAUCUUUAAAAGAUGAAAUUCGAACGAAAACGUUUCGUAAUGCAAUCAUAAACAAUCGACAUUUAUUCAAAGACAAAGUCGUUUUGGAUAUCGGCUGUGGUGUGGGAAUAUUUAGUUUAUUCGCUGCUAAAGCCGGUGCAAAAAUGGUCAUUGCCGUUGAGAAAUCGAAUGUGAUUGAAUAUGCGAAACGCAUUAUUCGUGCUAAUCGUUACGAUAAAGUCAUUCACAUCAUUAAAGGUCGAAUUGAAGAUAUUCAAUUACCUGAAGGUAUUGAUAAAGUCGAUAUUAUCAUUGCUGAAUGGAUGGGUUAUUGUUUAUUCUAUGAUUCAAUUAUUCAAAGUGUUAUAUAUGCUCGUGAUAAAUUCCUAAAACCGGAUGGUCUUAUCUUUCCUGAUCGUGCAACAAUGUACAUGGUCGGUAUUGAAGAUCGGGAUUAUAAAGAAGACAAAGUCGAAUGGUGGUCGACUGUUUAUGGUUAUAACAUGAGUUGUUUAAAAAAUUAUGUUAUGCGUGAACCACUAGUUGAUAAUGUUGACAAACGUCAGAUUUGUACGGAUCAUUUUCCAUUGAAGACAUUUGAUUUGAAAACAAUGACUGUUAACGAUAUUAAUAUCGUCACGAAAUUUCGUCUACGUGCUCUACGCAACGAUUAUAUCCAUGCAUUUGUGACAUAUUUUCUCGUAGAAUUCACUGCAUGUCCUCAACGAACAGUAAUCAAUACAGCACCUGGUGCCGGUUAUACACACUGGAAACACACAGUUUUCUAUUUUCCUGACUAUAUAACUAUACAGCAAGAUGAACAGUUAGAAGGUGACUUUUCAUGCAAAGUCAAUCUGGAAAAUACGAAAAAACUUGAUUUUGCAAUUGACUUUCAAUUUAAUGGUAAACUUUCAAAUUUACAAAGUCAAAAUCGUUAUUUCAUGAAAGGUUAA